AUGAUCUUUUCGGAAGAUGAAAAGCUUGUAUUUCGCUUCGAUGACCAGCUCCUCUGGAUUCAGCCCUGGGGCGAUAAUGCCUUGCGCGUGCGAGCCACGAAGCUCGCAUCCAUGCCAACAGAGGACUGGGCUCUUCUGUGCAAACCUGACAGUCAUCAUACCAUGAUUGAUAUUCCUACCGAUGGCGAAGCAAGCAUUACGAAUGGAAAGAUCAAAGCAACUGUCUCAGCACUCGGCAAGGUCAUCAUUUACGACUCGAACGGGACUAAGCUCCUCGAAGAAUACGCCCGGCACCGACGAGACCCUCGCGAUCCUAAAUGCAGUGCAUUAGAAAUAGAAGCGCGCGAGCUAAGGCCCAUUCUCGGAGGAGACUACCAUCUCAAUAUGCGCUUUGAGUCUUUGGAUCCGAAGGAAAAGAUCUUCGGUAUGGGUCAGUACCAGCAGCCAUAUCUGAAUCUCAAAGGGACGGAUCUCGAGCUAGCGCAGCGCAACUCUCAAGCGAGUGUGCCAUUUGCCGUCUCGUCGCGCGGGUAUGGUUUUCUCUGGAAUAAUCCUGCCAUUGGCAGAGCGGUACUGGGCACGAAUGUGAUGAGUUUCGAGGCAUAUUCCACCAGAGCACUGGAUUACUGGGUCGUUGCGGGCGAUACGCCAGCUGAGAUUGAAGAAUCCUAUGCGGGUGUGACUGGUUACGUGCCCAUGAUGCCUGAAUAUGGUCUAGGUUUCUGGCAGUGUAAGCUGCGUUAUUGGAACCAGGAGCAAUUGCUCAAUGUAGCUCGGGAGUACCGGCGUCGGGAGAUCCCCAUCGAUCUCAUUGUCAUUGAUUUCUUCCACUGGAAGCACCAAGGGGAAUGGAGCUUCGAUUCGAAAUUCUGGCCGGAUCCUGCCGCUAUGAUAGAAGAAUUGAAGGAACUCAAGGUCGAGCUCAUGGUUUCUGUCUGGCCAACCGUUGAAACUGCCUCCGAGAACUAUCCCGAGAUGCUAGAGCGCGGGCUUCUUAUACGGCAUGAUCGUGGGAUGCGUAUCGCAAUGCAGUGCAACAAUGACAUCACGCACUUUGACGCUACGAAUCCCGAAGCCCGCAAGUUUGUCUGGAGCAAAGCCAAGAAGAACUACUACGAUCUUGGGAUCAAGGUCUUCUGGCUAGACGAAGCUGAGCCGGAGUACUCUAUCUAUGACUUUGAUAUCUACCGCUACCAUGCAGGGAGCAAUAUGCAGAUUGGCAAUAUCUUUCCAAAGGAGUAUGCUCGCGGGUUCUAUGAAGGAAUGCAAGCAGAAGGCCAGAUGAAUAUAAUCAACCUCCUUCGAUGCGCAUGGGCCGGAUCGCAGAUUUAUGGCGCCUUAGUAUGGAGCGGAGACAUCGCAUCGAGCUGGGGUUCUUUCCGGAAUCAGCUCGCAGCAGGCUUGAACAUGGGCCUCGCCGGGAUUCCUUGGUGGACGACUGAUAUCGGUGGGUUCCACGGUGGUGACCCGGAUGACCCGGCCUUCCGAGAAUUAUUCACGCGGUGGUUCCAAUGGGGUGCGUUUUGUCCGGUGAUGCGUCUUCACGGAGAUCGUGAGCCAAAGCCCGAGGGGCAGCCGACUGCCAGUGGAGCAGAUAAUGAGAUCUGGUCGUACGGGGAGGAGGUAUACGAAAUCUGUAAGAAGUUUAUUGGGGUGCGAGAGGAGCUGCGGGAGUAUACUCGGAGUCUGAUGAAGCAAGCUCACGAGAAGGGGACACCGGUGAUGCGCACUCUAUUCUAUGAGUUCCCUCAGGAUCCACGAGCUUGGGAGGUCGAAACGCAGUACAUGUUUGGAUCUCGAUAUAUGGUGGUGCCAGUCAUGGAGCCUGGACAGCGCACUAUCACCGUCUAUCUUCCGGCUGGUGCAUAUUGGACACUCUGGGGCAAGUUGAGCACACCGCGGGAGGGUGUUCCGAUGGUUUACAAGGGCGGCAGCGAAGUUGAGGUGGAGUGUCCGAUUGUGACACUCCCCGUCUUUUACCGCGUGAGCACUUGA